AUGAACAGGCCGAACACAUUGCCAUUCCUGCGUGUUGCUGUGUUGUGGUUCUACCUUCUCCUCCCCUUGGUGCUAUGUUACAACCUGCGUUGCUACUACAGCCCCCUCCUGGAGAAUGAGAAGACAUUUAAGCUCAUUGUGACAGAGUGUCCCCCUCACGAGCUGUGCUUCAAGGCAAAUGGCCGCUAUGGAAACCACAGUGCCCUGUCGGCCAGGGGAUGCAUGUUGGAGAAGGACUGCAGCCUGGUGAAGAACAUCCGCCUCAAGGGAACUGUCUACAUCAUGAGCUUUGGCUGCUGUGAUCGGCCAUACUGUAACUCCUGCCUGGGCAUCACAGCCAAAGCCCUCUACACCAUUGUAACACUUGUGACUGUAGCUGUGAUGGCCGACAGCUUGUGA